UAUAAAUUUUUGAUUGCUAAGCCAACAAUUUUCAUAUGCAACGUGGUUUGAAUUUUGUUUCCACCAUUCCUACAGCUUCCCUUUCGCUGUUUUUCUCUUUUCCACAAUCCACGCGUUUCCUCUCUCCAAAAAUUCUACUAUAUUUUGUUUCAAAUCUUUUCAACUUUCAAACCCAGAAAACCCCAGAAGCCCCAAAUCAUGGCGUCCAACUUCUGGGUCACCGCCACCGCCGAUCUGCUCCUCCUCCUGAUCUUCACGGUCAUACCCUUUUCGAUUUGUCAGCCAACUGACCAAGCUCCGCCUCCCUCCGCCGAUUCUUGCAAUAGUAUCUUCUUGUCCUAUAGUUUCAACCAAGGAACGAAGCUCCCCCCUAAUGUCACUGAUCGGACCCGUCAGCCGUACCGAUUUGAGUCCACUCUCUUGAUUCUAAAUAACGGCCUUGAGGAGCUUAAGUCUUGGAAGGUUUUUGUGGGGUUUCAGCACGAUGAGUUCUUGGUCUCGGCUUCCGGCGCCGUCCUUGCCGAUGGGAAUAGCGUUCCCGGAAACGUCGGCAAUGGGACCGUCUUUGCUGGUUUUCCGAUGACCGAUUUGAAGACGGCGAUUGAAACUGCUGGAGACUUCACUCAGAUGCAGGUCCAAGUCAAAUUGGUUGGGACCCAAUUUGGGGUUGCCCCUCCGAAUAGUCCGAUGCCUACGAAUAUUUCUCUUGCCAAUGAUGGAUACCUCUGCCCUCGGCCAACUCUACUAGGAAAGAGUGAGAUGCACGUCUGUUGUAGACCCGAUCCAAGUGUUAAAACGAACAUCACAACUAGUGAAGAGUUCUUGCCUCGCCAAAAUGGCGAUCUAACGAUCAUGUAUGAUGUGACAAGAACCUAUGAUUCAAGUUAUUGGGCACAAGUCAAAAUUUCUAACCAUAAUCCUCUUGGUCGUCUUGAUUAUUGGAAGUUGAGCUGGGAAUGGAUGAAGGAUGAGUUCAUCUAUUCAAUGAAAGGUGCUUAUCCUUCUGUUGUUGAUUCUACUGAUUGCAUUUUUGGUAGACAAGGCACUUAUUAUAAGGAUUUAGACUUUGCCAAUGUAUUAAGCUGUGAAAAAAAGCCAACAAUUGUUGAUUUGCCUCCAACUAAGGCCAACGACACUACGCUCGGGUUGAUCCCGUUCUGUUGUCGAAAUGGGACGAUCUUGCCUUCUCAUAUGGACUCAAGCAAGUCGAUUUCAGCGUUUCAAAUGCAAGUUUUUAAAAUGCCACCAGAUCUCAAUAGAUCUCAGAUUACACCACCUCAGAAUUGGAAGAUCAGUGGCGUUCUAAACCCGACGUAUAAAUGUGGUGCUCCAUUGAGGGUAAGUCCUAGCGAAUUCCCAGACUCAAGUGGUUUACCAUUGAAUUCGACUGCAGUGGCUAGUUGGCAGGUUGUUUGUAAUAUAACCCACGUCAAGGACGACACACCAAAAUGCUGUGUUUCAUUUUCAGCUUACUACAACGAUUCUGUCGUCCCGUGUAGAACAACGUGUGCUUGUGGAUGCCCGCAUAAUGCUGCUCGUACAUGUAAUGCAACGUCCUCUGCAAUGCUCCUCCCACCGGAAGCCCUUCUUGUUCCGUUUGAGAAUAGGACCGCCAUGGCUGUGGCUUGGGCUGGUCUUAAACACUACCCAAUUCCCAAUCCCAUGCCUUGUCCUGAUAACUGUGGUGUGAGUAUCAAUUGGCAUUUGUAUACCGAUUAUAGAGACGGAUGGAGUGCAAGGAUUACUCUCUUCAACUGGGACGAAGUGAACUUUGCAGAUUGGUUUGCUGCAGUUCAGAUGAAGAAAGCAGCACCUGGUUUCCAGGCAAUGUACUCGUUCAACGCGACGACCUUGGAACUGGAUGGUGCCAAUAAUACUAUCUUUAUGCAGGGUAAUCCUGGACUAAACUAUCUCGUAGGCGAAACGGACGGAGUCCACCCAGAAAGGGAUCCGAGGGUACCCGGAAAACAGCAAUCUGUGAUAUCAUUUACAAAGAAGAACAUACAAGUUCUUAACAUGGCUGCUGGAGAUGGGUUCCCCACUAAAGUGUUCUUCAAUGGGGAAGAAUGUCUACUUCCAAAAACAUUCCCUGUUAACGACAGCCGAAGGAACUUAGCUUCGUUAAUUCCGAGCAUCCUAAUGCUACUAUUCAUUCCCUGUUAACGACAGCCGAAGGAACUUAGCUUCGUUAAUUCCGAGCAUCCUAAUGCUACUAUUCGUGUUCGUGUUUGUUCAGCAAUAGCCCGGAAAGAACGAGAAGAAUCACAUUAUGUUGUAGCUGCUGUUAAUUGUUUUAUUCUUUGAAGGAUUGAAGAUGAAAUGGAGCAUUUUCAGG